AAUUUUUUCGAUACAUUUGGGACGAAAGUCUCAUUGCUUCAGAAAGCUCUAUCACAUAAAUAGCUUAUUAGAAGCAAAGUUAAAGAAGUACUGCCGCAAAUAGACUUAAGAAAUGACAUGCACACACGGUGUAGAUCGGGCACGGUCGUAAAGCAAAACAAAAUGUGCGCAUGCGCAAGAAUGGAUGGCCUUGUCACAGGGACGUUUAUGAGGUUCGUGUGCAACCUCGAAAUUGUACCCCUUAGCAGAUGCAAGUAUUAUGAUAAAUCUGGAACCAGAGUGUGGGAUCCAGGCUUGUGGAGAAAAUGCGGUUGCAUAAACAAAAGCAUUGUUCAGAAUUUAGAGCAGAAUGGCAUCCCAUUCUUCACCUUUGCCCCAUGACAGGAGCGGACCCAAGGAGGAAGAUGAUCCGGUAGAUCAGCUGAUCUCUAGGACAGGCUGUUCUGCACUACAUUAUGCAAUUCAGGAGUGCAUGGCAGAGCAUGAAGACUGGAGGAAAUGCAAGAAACAGGUUCAGGAGUUCAGAGAGUGCAUGAUGCCAUUCCAAAAAGCUCGGAUGGAGCAGCUGGUAAAAUGUAAAGACUCAGCCACAGAGAACGUUUGAUGAAAAGCUCCCUGUUAAAGCCACAUCUAUUAAAGAAGACAUUUUGUGACUUCAGGUUCCCUUUAUCACUGAUGUAAUUACACAAGAAUAUCAUAAGAUAUAUGAAUAUAAUAUAUAUAUGUAUAUAUACACUAUAUUACCAAAAGUAUUCGGUCACCUGCCUUGACUCACAUAUGAACUUAAGUGCCAUCCCAUUCCUAACCCAUAGGGUUCAAUAUGAUGUCGGUCCACCUUUUGCAGCUAUUACGGCUUCAACUCUUCUGGGAAGGCUGUCCACAAGGUUGAGGAGUGUGUUUAUAGGAAUUUUUGACCAUUCUUCCAAAAGCGCAUUGGUGAGGUCACACACUGAUGUUGGUCGAGAAGGCCUGGCUCUCAGUCUCCGCUCUAAUUCAUCCCAAAGGUGGUCUAUCAGGUUCAGGUCAGGACUCUGUGCAGGCCAGUCAAGUUCAUCCACACCAGACUCUGUCAUCCAUGUCUUUAUGGACCUUGCUUUGUGCACUGGUGCACAGUCAUGUUGGAAGAGGAAGGGGCCCGCUCCAAACUGUUCCCACAAGGUUGGGAGCAUGGAAUUGUCCAAAAUGUUUUGGUAUCCUGAAGCAUUCAAAGUUCCUUUCACUGGAACUAAGGGGCCAAGCCCAACUCCUGAAAAACAACCCCACACCAUAAUUCUUCCUCCACCAAAUUUCACAUUCGGCACAAUGCAGUCCGAAAUGUACCGUUCUCCUGGCAACCUCCAAACCCAGACUCGUCCAUCAGAUUGCCAGAUGGAAACGCGUGAUUUAUCACUCCAGAGAACGCGUCUCCACUGCUCUAGAGUCCAGUGGCAGCGUGCUUUACACCACUGCAUCCGACGCUUUGCAUUGCACUUGGUGGUGUGUGGCUUGGAUGCAGCUGCUCGGCCAUGGAAACCCAUUCCUUGAAGCUCUCUGCGUACUGUACUUGGGCUAAUCUGAAGGUCACAUGAAGUUUGAAGCUCUGUAGCAAUUGACUGUGAAGAAAGUCGACGACCUCUUUGCACUAUGUGCUUCAGCAUCCGCUGACCCCUCUCCGUCAGUUUACGUGGCCUACCACUUCGUGGCUGAGUUGCUGUUGUUCCAAAACUCUUCCAUUUUGUUAUGAUAAAGCUGACAGUUGACUGUGGAAUAUUUAGGAGCGAGGAAAUUUCACGACUGGAUUUGUUGCACAGGUGGCAUCCUAUGACAGUUCCACGCUGGAAUUCACUGAGCUCCUGAGAGCGGCCCAUUCUUUCACAAAUGUUUGUAAAAACAGUCUGCAUGCCUAAGUGCUUGAUUUUAUACACCUGUGGCCAGGCCAAGUGAUUAGGACACCUGAUUCUGAUCAUUUGGAUGGGUGACCGAAUACUUUUGGUAAUAUAGUGUAUAUAAGAUAAUAUAUGAUAUAUAAUAUCAUAAUAUCAUUGCUCAAAUAUCAUAAUAUCAUUGCUCACAGAAUACAGAAACUCAGUAAGUUGUACAUAAUUGCACUGCUGAACUCAAGUACUUCUUAUUGAGAAACACUGGGAUUUUCUUUUACUAUUCAUAUUCAGUCAUUCCAUGAUGAUCUCUUGUUUAAGCCAUAACCUUUAUGAUUUUUAAUGUCCAUUUAAUUACCCACAAUGCAAGCGUUUUUUUUUUUUUUUUUUUUUUAAACCUUGUUUUGUUUCUAACACCUUUACAAAGAUUAGUUAAAUACCUACGUUCUUGCUGUGAAUAUGAGCAAAACUUUGUUUAUUAAAGUGUUAAAAUUUAUCCUGACAUUCUUGAUGUAUUAAUAAGUGUAGUGCAUUGUUGCUACUAUGAAAUAAGUGAUGCACUAUAGACACUAAUAUAAGGAGAGGAAUUCAGGUUUUCAGGGUCAUGCUUCUGUGACCGCGUAGCAACCAGUUAGAGAGAAAAGCAAACUGAAUAAGAGACUGCACAGUCAUGAAGAGAAAAACAAAUUUAUGCUUGCUUUACUCAUAAUAUCUACAACCAAACAUAUCCAUAAACCAAAAAUGAUCUUUUAGGCUUGCUGCAUUUAUUUAUGGGACACCACAUUUGUUUGUGGAAUUUGGAAAACAUUUCUCUCACCAACUUGUUCUAAUCAAUCCAAGAAUGCGUUCUUUGCACUGCGUCUGUAUCAGCAAAUGGAUAGUCCAAAAAAUUGUACUCUGGUGUGACUUGAUUUGUAAUGAUAAUUCUCUUAAGGGCUUGUCAGACAAAGAAGAAAAAUAUGCUUAAAUAUUAUCAAUUUGCCCUCAUUAUUCAGGGUGUCCAAAUUCAUGAACAAAAAAAAAAUAAUAAUAAAACUAUAUAUAUAAUUUUGUAUACAUUUACUGUAUUUCCAUUGGUUCCUGACUUUUAGGACAACUUGUAUAUCAUAAGCAACUUUAACCCCUUUGAAUUUAUAAUUCUGCUACUACUUGAUGUACAUAUUGGGUCUUUUAUAAAAAUUUUGUUUCUAUUCAUUAUAAUAGUAUCAAACAUGAUGCAACUAAAAUCUUUAGUAGUGUGUAAUGAUGAUAUUACUCCUCUACAAUUCAUCAUAUUUCUCUGGAAUUUAUGCAUCAGAAUACCUUUUUCCCUUACUUUUCUCUUUGUCACACCACAGAACGUUGUCACAUCAAUGCACACCAUAAAUUAUUUUUUCAUUUAAAAUAUGUCAUUCUGCUACUAAAUGAUGUACACAUUGGGCAUUUUUAAUAAAAUUUUGGUUAUAUUCAUUAUAAUAAUAUCAAACAGGAUGGAACUAAAACUAUCUGUACUACUGUUUAAUGAUGAUAUUACUCAUCUUCUAUUAAUCAUAUUUCUCUGGAAUUUAUGCAUCAGAAUAGCUUUUUUUCCCCUUUCCUCUUUGUCAUAGCACAGGACAUUAUGUCACACCAGUGGAAACCAUAAAAAUAAAGUUUUAUGUAAAACCUUU